GAGGAAACCAGGUAAUAAUAAUCGUACGACUAAUAAUAACGUUAAUAAUAAUUUACUUCCUGUUCUGUGCAGGAUUACUUCCUGUCAUCUCAUGUGAACUGAUGAUGCCAGCAGCAGACCAGAAGAACACAUAAGGAAACAGUUUCCGAUUCAUUCAUCACCAGCUCGGUCUUUAAUUGAUUGUACGUGAACGGGUGCAGAAUUGAAACUUUCCUUUGUCCGACGCUUCAGCAGCCUCACAGCGUGAUCCCUGGUUCUAAUCUGUGAGCUGGACCUGCGACACCUGCCUCAGACUCACCUCCCCACGCCUCUGCAGUUUCACACAGUUUGCCUGCAGGUUGACGAUACCGCCUGGUUUUAGCCACGAUGACAUCAGAGGACCUUUUGAACACUCUGCAGGACUUAAGUGUGGAUGAAUUCGACAGCUUCCGAUGGUACCUGCGGCAGACCGACACCCUGGUCGGCUAUGAACCCAUCAGAGCGUGCAAACUGGAGGUGGCGGACCGACGGGCCGCAGUGGAUCUGAUGAAGAACGCUUACGGACUUCACGGAGCUCUGACGGUGACCAAAAAGAUUUUAGAGAAGAUCCCCAGGAAUGAUCUGGUGCAGAGUCUGUCAGAUAGCACAUCAGCACCAGGAGUGGAUGUAAAUGAUGUUGGAGAGACUGCAGAGAACGGAGGACCCUCCUCCUCUCAGAGUGAAGAUGGGACUGUUCUAGAACCGGAGCGACGACACAUCUCAUAUUACCAAAAAAAGCUUCAGUCUAACCUCCAGGACAAGUUCAUGUGUGCACAAGAGGGAUGGGCGAAGAAGAAGGAUGAGCAACGUCUGGAAGAUAUCUACACAGAGCUGUACAUCACAGCCGGGGCUGACAUACACAUCAACAAGCAGCAUGAGGUCCGACACAUCGAGGAGGGGGGGGGUCCAGCAGAAACAGAGAAGCCAAUUAAACCCAGUGACAUAUUCAAACCCCCUUCUGGAAGAUACAAACCCAUAAGAACGGUGCUAACCAGCGGAAUUGCAGGAAUUGGCAAAACAUUUCUGAUGCGCAAGUUUGUGUUGGACGUGGCUGAAGGGAGAGCCAAUCAAGAUGUGCAUCUCAUCUUCCCCUUCACCUUCCGUCAGCUGAAUUUAUGGGCGGGAAAAAAAUUAUCUUUGGCAGAGCUCAUUCAUAAAUGUAUCUGGGAGACCAGAGACAUCGAGGAAGAAGCUCUGAAUAACAUCUUUACAACUCUGCAGUCAUCAGGAAACACCAACUAUGACAAGAGCCAGUUCAAACUCCUGUUUGUUUUGGACGGACUUGACGAGAGCCACAUUCAGCUGGACUGCUCUACCAACAGAAACCAGGACGCAGACAUCGACGUGACAGAGUCCACCUUGGUGGACGUGCUGCUGACAAACCUCAUCAACAGAAAUCUGCUUCCCUCUGCUCGCCUGUGGAUUACCACACGACCUGCCGCAGCCAAUCAGAUCCAUUCGGAUUUUGUCGACAUGGUGACAGAGGUCAGAGGGUUCACUGACCGACAGAAGGAGGAGUACUUCAGGAAGAGAUUUCAAGAUGAGGAGCAGGCCAACAGGAUCAUCUCCCACAUCAAGACAUCACGAAGCCUCCACAUCAUGUGCCACAUCCCGGUCUUCUGCUGGAUCACUGCCACAGUCCUGGAGGAUGUGAUGAAGACCAGAGAGGGAGGAGAGCUGCCCAAGACCCUGACCGAGAUGUACAUUCUCUUCCUGGUGGUUCAUUCCAAACUGAAGAAUGUGAAGUAUGAUGGAAAAGCUGAUUCAGAUCCACACUGGAAUGCAGCGAGCAAGAAGAUGAUCGAGUCUCUGGGAAAACUGGCUUUUGAGCAGCUGCAGAAAGGAAACCUGAUCUUCUACGAAUCAGACCUGAAAGGAUGUGGCUUCAAUAUCAGAGCAGCCUCGGUGUACUCAGGAGUGUUCACACAGAUCUUUAAAGAGGAGAGAGGACUGUACCAGGACAAGGUGUUCUGCUUCGUCCAUCUGAGUGUUCAGGAGUUUCUGGCUGCUCUUCAUGUCCAUCUGACCUUCAUCAACUCUCGAGUCAAUCUGCUAGUAGAAGAACAACCAGCAUCCCAGUGGCGUAAACAUUUCUACCAAAGUGCUGUGGACAAGGCCUUACAGAGUCCAAAUGGACACAUGGACUUGUUCCUACGAUUCCUCCUGGGUCUUUCUCUGCAGCCCAAUCAGACUCUUCUACGAGGUCUGGUGAAAGACAAAAGAAUCAGCUCCUGCAGUCAGGAAAAGGUCGAGUACAUCAAGAAGAAGAUCAGUGAGAGUCUGUCUCCGGAGAGAAGCAUCAAUCUGUUCCACUGCCUGAAUGAGCUGAACGAUCGUUCUCUAGUGGAUCAGAUCCAGCAGUACCUGAGUUCAGGAAGUCUCUCCACAGAUAAACUGUCUCCUGCUCAGUGGUCGGCUCUGGGCUUCAUCUUGCUGUCAUCAGAAAAAGAUCUGGACGUGUUUGACCUGAAGAAAUAUUCUGCUUCAGAGGAGGCUCUCCUGAGGCUGCUGCCGGUGGUCAAAGCCUCCAACAAAGCUCUGCUUGGUCACUGUAAUCUGUCAUGGAGAAGCUGUGAAGCUCUGUCCUCAGUCCUCAGCUCCCAGUCCUGUAGUCUGAGAGAGCUGGACCUGAGGAACAACGACCUGCAGGAUCCAGGAGUGAGGCUGCUGUCUGCUGGACUGAGGAGUCCACGCUGUACACUGGAGACUCUAAGCUUGUCAGGCUGUAUGAUCACAAAGGAAGGCUGUACUUCUCUGGCCUUAGCCCUGAGAUCCAACCCCUCUCAUCUGAGAGAGCUGGACCUGAGCUACAAUCAUCCAGGAGACUCAGGAGUGAUGCUGCUGUCUGCUGGACUGGACACUCUCAGGAUGGAACAUGGUGGAGAGCAGAGGCUGAAACCUGGUCUGAGGAAAUAUGCCUGUGAACUCACAGUGGACACAAACACAGUUCACAGAAACCUGGAACUGUCUGACGACAACAGGACGGUGACGGCAGUGGCCGAGAAGCAGGAGUACUCGCCACAUGAAGACAGGUUUGACUUCUGGGAACAGCUGCUGUGUCGUACUGGUCUGACUGGUCGCUGCUACUGGGAGGUGGAGUGGAGAGGGCUGGUUUAUAUAUCCGUGACUUACAGAGGAAUCGAAAGGAAAGGACACACUGCUGACUGCUGGUUUGGACGCAACGAUCAGUCCUGGACUCUGAGGUGCUCUAAUGUUGAUGAUUACUCUGCCUAUCACAAUAAGAGAAGAACAGACCUGCAUCUGUCCCACCCUGCCUCCUCCUCCCCUCCCUCCUCUGUCUCUAACAGAGUAGCAGUGUAUGUGGACUGUCCCGCUGGCACUCUGUCCUUCUACAGAGUCUCCUCCGACACACUGAUCCACCUCCACACCUUCAGCACCACGUUCACUGAACCUCUUUACGCUGGCUUUGGGUUUGGUUUCUGUGUGUCUGGUUCCUCGUCAGUGUCUGUGCUCACUGCUGACAGUCACGCUGCGCUGUGAUUUAAAUACUUGCACCUUGAAACAACAUUUUGCUGAUAGUUGCCGUGGUGCUUUGGCGUCGCACUCAUGGAUCGCUUAAAGAAAUGUCAGUUUACUAUUUUUGCUAUUUUUAUUAUAGAAAAAGUCAUAAUUUUUGUGUGUGUGUAUCUGAAUUACCUCGUGGGCCGGUUCAAUGGAGGCCGGAGGCUCCCCACCACCGCUCUAAACCUAAUCUAAAGCAUCGACAUUAACGCUAAACUCCUGUUACCACGUCACCAACAUUGUGCACUGCAGUCACACGAUGGCACCCGAGCAAGCUCCAGGCAAGAGAUGCAGUCGAAGGCUCUGUGAAUAAGUGAACCCUGAGUUUACAGUGUUGUCAAAGAUGGAGACGUCACGGGGCAGCGGCAGUACUGGGCGAACUGGGGAUAUUUUCCUGUGUUUGUAUCAGCUAAAAUAAAGUCG